CACACAUGGUGCAAGAUUUCAGAUUUCUAACAUGGGGAAGAAGAAAGCUGAUAAAAAGGGGAAAGGAAAAGAGAAAACUGCUUUAAAAACAGAGAAGAAGGCUGAGAAAAAGGCAAAAAAGGAACUGGCAAAGAGAGGAGAGGAUGACAUAGAGACACUGAUUGCACAGUUCCAUGCCAAGGACCAGGAAAAAGCAAGAUAUGUGGAAGAAAAGUGUGAUCCUCCUUCUGAAAGAUCCAACAUGACCUUGACCCCUCAUCCAGAUAAAGAUGAGCUGAUUAUGUUUGGUGGAGAAUUUUUGGCUGGGAACAAGAUAUACAUGUACAAUGAUUUAUUUUUCUACAACAUCAAGAAAAAUGAAUGGACAAAAGUAACAGCCCCCAAUGCCCCUCCCCCUCGGAGUUCCCACCAGGCUGUGGCCCUGAAGCAGCAUGGUGGACAGCUAUGGAUAUUUGGUGGGGAAUUUGCCAGCCCUACUCAAUCCCAGUUCCACCACUUUAAGGAGUUAUGGGUGUACCACAUCAAGAAUAAGUACUGGGAAAGAAUCAAUUCCCCAGGUGCUCCAUCCAGUAGGAGUGGCCACAGAAUGGUCCAGUGUAAGAAACUCCUCAUUGUGUUUGGAGGUUUCCAUGACAACAUCAGAGAUUACAAGUACUUCAAUGAUGUAUAUGCUUUCAAUGUGGAAGACUAUACUUGGUCCAAGCUGGACGUUAGUGGAGUUCCUCCAGCCCCUCGGUCCGGCUGUAUAAUGGCAGCCAUGCCAGACCAGUACAGAGUGACGGUGUAUGGGGGAUAUAGCAAAGAAAAGGUCAAAAGAGACAUUGACAAGGGAACCACUCACAUUGACAUGACAAUUCUUAUGCCUGAAGGCAAGUUAAAAGAUGAAACUAUUCCUGUCAAGUGGAAGUGGGUCACAGCCAAACAGUCUGGAGCCAGACCCACCCCUAGAUGUGGAAUGUCCUGCUCGGUUGCUCCAGGCAACAGAGCGUUUUGUUUUGGAGGUGUUUUUGAUGAGGAAGAAGACGAAGAACAGAUAGAGGGGAAAUUUUUUAAUGAAUUCUAUCUUCUGGAUUUGGAGAAAAAUAAAUGGUUUUUGGUGAAUUUAAGAGGCAAAAGAGAACAAGUCCCAGAGAAGAAGAAAAGAAGAAGGAAGAAAGAGGAUGAUGGAGCUGAAGAUGGAGCUGAAGAUGGAAUGGAGGAGGAUGGUGAAGAAGAAAUGGAGGUGGCUACAGACAAAGUCAGCAACAUGAACAUUGAAGAAGCAGUUGAAGAAGCAGACGACACUGAGAUGGCAGAAGGAGCCAGCAACACUAUGUUUGAUGAUGGGGUGUUUCAGGUCAAAAUAGGUCCAGCACUUGGAUCCACCACUGAUCAGGAAAUGGGAGAAGAUGGGGACAAGGCGGUUAAAGUGUUUCAGCCUCACCCCAGGAUGGGACCUUUGAUGGUUGUGAAAAAUGGAAUUCUUUUUCUCUAUGGUGGAAUGUUUGAAAAGGGAGAUAAGCAGUUUACAUUCAAGGAUUUUUACUCAUUAGAUCUGGACAAAAUGGAGGAAUGGAAAGUGCUCAUAGAAAAUGAUGAAUCCAAACUGGUUUGGGAUGAUUCUGGAUCCUCAGAUGAGGAAAUGGAGGCUUGUGGAGGAGAAGAAGAAGGAGAGGACUCAUCAGAUGAUGAUGAUAUUGAGGAUAUCCUUGAAGGUUGUGAUGUACCAACUAAAAAUGAGGAUGAAAAUAUGGAACAGUAUUUUGAAAGAACUAAAGACUUCUGGGUAGAACAAUCGCAGAAAUAUUUUGAAAAUGAGGAAAUGAAAGUGUCGUCCAGAACUGUUUCUAAAUUCGCUAAAGAAAUGUGUCAGGAGUUUAUCAAUAGGUGACCAAUGUGUGUAUUAAAUGGCUGGUGAAGUAUGGUGCAAUAAUUCUCUGGUCAAGAUCAAGUGUGACAGACAUUCUUACAGUUAUUGUAUCAUAUGGGUCUUCGUGACCCUUUUGUGUCUGUGAUGGACAAGGUAUUAUAACUGUAAAUUGUAUUCACUAUUGAGAUGUCUUAAAAUGAUUGAAAUAAAAAAAUAACAGUGAUUAAGUUUCUAACUUCACGUUUAAUUUUAUAUAAAAGUAUGAAAGUACACAAAUUGAAAUGAAAUUGUUGUGCAAUUAUUAAAACUACAAACA